ACAGGGCUAAUUUCAGCCAAACAUGUCAUUAAGCAUGCUUGCAUGGGUAAAGAGUAUUCAAGUUUGUGCAAAUGAAGUGCCAUGUCCUUUAUGAAGUGGAGAACUUACUUAAGAAUAUCCAGCCUUUGAAGAGAUGCCACAUCUUAUGCCAAUACAGAUAUGCAUCAUCUAACACAUUUAAGUUUGCAGAUCUACAGGUACAAUUGACUAGUUCCCCCAAACCAAAGCCAGAUGACCCAGACAAUUUGCUUUUCGGUCACCACUUCAGUGACCACAUGCUUGAGGUCCCCUGGUCAGCAGACAAGGGGUGGGGAAAGCCACUUAUAUCUCCAUUCCAUAACCUAUCCCUCCAUCCCGCGGCCAAGUGUCUCCAUUAUGCUACAGAGUUGUUUGAAGGAAUGAAGGCCUACAAGAGUGCAGAGGGGAAAAUUAAUAUGUUUAGGCCAUCAGAGAACAUGGCCAGAAUGACCAGCACCGCCAAACGGGCAUCACUGCCAACUUUUGAUGGUGAUGAACUCAUCAUGUGUAUCAAAAAGUUGGUCAGUAUUGAUAAAGAAUGGGUGCCCAGGUCUGACAAAGCCUCCCUGUACAUCAGACCUACUCUUAUAGGAACGGAGAGUGUGUUACGUGUGGAUGCUCCAAAGCAGGCCCUAUUAUUUGUGUUGAUUGGACCAGUGGGAGCAUAUUAUCCAACAGGACUCAAACCAGUGUCCCUAUUAGCUGAUCCUAAGUAUGUCAGAGCCUGGCCAGGAGGCAGUGGCAACUUCAAGAUGGGCUGUAAUUAUGCCCCCACCAUGUUCGUUCAGAAAGAGGCUGCUGCCAAGGGUUGUCAACAGGUACUGUGGCUGUACGGGGAGGAGGAACAGAUUACUGAAGUGGGAGCCAUGAACCUCUUCAUGUACUGGACCAAUGAAAACGGAGAGGAUGAACUGAUCACAUGUCCACUUAAUGGGCUAGUGUUGCCAGGGGUUACCAGAAAGAGUUUGCUGGAACUGGCCAAAUCAUGGGGAGAGUUUAAGGUGUCAGAACGAGAGUAUACUAUGCAGGAUAUAAUCAAAGGAUUGAAAGAAAACAGGGUAAAGGAGUUUUUUGGGGCAGGCACUGCCUGUGUUGUGUCCCCUGUAGAGAAGAUUCUUUACAAAUCCCAGUGGCUGAGUAUCCCCACUAUGUCCGAAGGAGCCCCCCUCACAAUGCGCAUGUAUAAUACUCUCCUAGAUAUACAGUAUGGGAGAACCCAACAUGAAUGGGCAGUUCCAGUGGAAUAAAUGACUUAACCCAAUACAAUUCGAGGCUACUACAUUAUUGUAUUAGUGGAUUAAUAGUGCUUGGAGGUUCAAUCACAGCCAAUACUUCUGUUGGUGAAUAUUUAGCUGUUAUAAAUGGCUUUUUUUCUCUCAGGAAUGUAUGUAUUUAAUGAGUUAUCCUAGUCUACAUCGACUGCAAUCUUGAGAAAAGAAAACAAAAUGUAUGAUGCUGCUAGGGACAUGCAGCUAUGUAAAAAAAAAAUUAAAGAGGCAUAUGCACAUAUGGGCAGUAGACUGGCUUACAAAAGUUUUUUGACUAUAUUUCCACAGUGAAUAGGGCUCUAUCAACUUAUUUGGCAAACAAUUGAUCUAGAAAUAAGGCUACAUGCAAUGCAUAAAAUACUCUGUAUCAAAAAAGCUGGCUCGUGCCUUGUUUUUGACAUUGUUUGCUUUGUCAUUUGAAGAAUUAGUCAACCAUACCACAUGUAAUGACAACAAACCUAAACUAUUUCAUAGUGCAAGUAAUAGUAAUAUUUCCUAGCUCCUGUUCAACUUCCCCCCCCCCCCCCCCCCCCCCCCCCCCCCCAGCAGCUGUUAAAUAAGAGUGAUACUUGGGAAAAAUUGUAACAAAAUCAAAUUUGCAUGCUUAUGUUGUGCAUUUUUGUACGAAUAGAGGUUCCAUCUGUAAACACAAGUUUCUAAGACUGUUUUGUCUUAAAGGGAAGCAUAUGUAAUUGAAAGUAAGGCAUCAAUUAAAGUACAUGGUUAUUUCUCAAAAUGUACAUGAAAUAGGUGUAUUUGACUUGAGUAAUGUGAUGUUGUGCAAUUUGAAAAUUUGCGCCCCAGUUUCUUAACAUUUGCACAAUAAAUGUCAAAAAGUAAUUAUUCAAUGUUUAUAUUUACAUUUUCUCAAUAAAUUGUUUUAAUACUUUUAAAUUUACUGCUUUCCUAGUACAUGUGUUUGAACAGAACAGCACCUGUUGACUCUGCUGAUACCGGGGUACACUGUGUGAUAAGUUACGUAACAUGAAGGAGCUUCUCUGUGCAGUGUUAAAUCCCUGUUUAAAACACAAAGCUUGCAAUGUAGUUUAAUGAGAAAAAUACAAUGGAAUGUAAAUAUAACUUAUUACUUUACAAUGUUAUUUAUAUUUGAUUAUCUUUUUAAAAAUUUCAAGCCCAGGUCACUCAACAUGUGUAUAUAUGUCCCUUUAAAUUAGGUUUUAUCACUAUAUAUCCCCAGUGUUUGUUAAUGAAUGAAUAAUAGUUUGUAAAGCUUUCUGCAAAUCCAUUUGGCUUGUAACUUACCAAUUUUUGAAAAGAGCAAUGUUUGGAGAUCCCAGAUUAUCAUUUAAAUUGACUAUAACAGGAACUUAAAAACUUCUUGAUCGUAGGGUUUAUCUGUGAUAUUUUUUGAUUUUGCCAUUGUUUGAAGUUUUUGUAUAUGUGUGCUAGCAAUAUUCUGGUAUUUUUACACUGUGUGCGCUACAAGUUGUAUAUUUUUACACCGAGUGAUGGACGUGACUAAACAUGCACAUCAAAUAACAAUUUACCCAGUGCUACAUCUUAACAGAUUUUAGUGUAUUUGUAUUCUAUGUAGAGGAAUACAGUGUAUCAGCAAAAUGUCAAGAUGGAUGUAUUCCCUUGAAUGCUAAAUUUCUUGCUAGAGACCAGAAAGGGUAUCUCUUGGGAGCAGGAAUUAGAUGUCCAUUGGGUGUGGAGUUUUUCCCUCAUAAAAUCUAAUUGAGAAAAUUUGGGAAAACAAAAUAAAAAAAACCGAAAUAAUUGACGUGUUAUCAAAUAUUUUGUCAAAAUAAACGGAUGAGUUUUCAAGAUUACAAAUUAACAUAAAUGCAAUUUUACUAUUGGUGUGAAGAGAACCCCUUAACUUUUUUUUUCUAUAUUUCUUUAUAAGUAGAAUCAGUUGAUUAAAGAAUAUAAUAUCAAUCAUUUUAUGUAUGUUUUCCAUUUUUGAAAAAGAUUACUGUUAUUAAAUGCAAAAGGCUUCACCUUUUAUCACAAAAUGAAGGGAAUCACUACCUAUUAAAGAGGAAUGGUCUGGUUAGAAAUUCUCACUUAAAAGGAAAUGCAUCCAACUUGGUGGAGUAUCAUCAUCACGGGUGUUUGAUGGCAGAAUGUGACUCAUUUUAGUGCACUUAUUCAAUGUUAUGAUUUAUACCAAAUGUUACUUUUCUGUAAAAAGUAUAUGGUAGUAAUAAUAUUGCAAUAUAUUGAUAUUUCAGAGUGAAUACAUAUUAUUUUUUUAAACAAUAUUUAAUCUGAACAUAUCCACAAAAAUUUUUAUUGUUAAUUCAUGUGGAACACAGUGCUGUUCAAGAAUGAUGUAAUUGUAACUUUUUCAACCUUGAAAUACGUACAAUUUAUGAAAGUACAUGUAACAAACAUUUGUUUUGAUUUUUUAUUUGAUAUAAUAUGUUAUGAAUUUCAUCAGCAUUAUAAUUGAAUAUUAAUUAUGCACACAAGUUUCAUAGAAAACUGCCACAGCUUUAGUUUCACUGGUAAUAAGUUAAGAUGUGAUUUGUUGUGGACAAUCAAAACUUCUCCUUGAAAUCCAAUUUCCUCAUUAGAUUUGGUUUGAUAUAGAGGUAAUAUAUGACUUUUGUAAAUUUGUCAUGAAACAGAUACUCCACUAAUUGUGCAUGGAUUUUACCCAGAAUUUUUACUAUAUAUAAAUUCAUAAUUCAGAAUCUUACUCAGAAUAUGCUCGUUAUGAAUGAUUGCUGAUUUUUAAGGUAUACCGGUUUUUUGAAUUAUACAACGAUUAUUUUGUAUUAAAAGAGAGAUCAACAUUCAUAAGAACAGAUGAUGUGAACGAAGUAAAAAUAUUUCAUAUCAUUUCUCCCAUUAUUAACUUUCGUUCGUUCUUAUUUUGGUUUACUAACGUGUUCCCCUGGGACAAUUCUGAUUAGUGGCUUUUAAUUUUUCAGUCUUUGAACUUUUUCUUGAUUAUUUCAUUUUGACUGGUCAGAGAACCUGUGUUUAAUACAUGUGAAUGUAUAUUUCAAUAGAGUACAUCAGUUGACCCCAAAAAACACAACCCAAAACCCUGCAAGGGUGCAAUGGGAGAAUCGGUUUCCAUAAUGUGCUUGUUAGUUACCAGUGCUGUUAAACUCAUUCCUUACUAAGUUAGUUUUUGAAUUUUCAGGAGACACUAGGCGAACCUCGUGUCUCUUGAAAAUGAAAAAAAUUAAGAAACAAGAGUUUGAGAAAAACUUGUUACUAUCUCACAUUGGUUAUGGAAUCUCGAUAUCUUUUUCAGAAUGAAUUUCUGAUUGGUGCUUUGUUAUGAAGUUGGUUUGAAUCUCAGUAUAGUAGAUAAUGUAUAGAGGGAAAGGGUUACAAAGUCUCUCUUAAUUGUCCUAGAUAUUAACUGACAUCUUUUAUGCAAUUUUUUUUAAAUAAUUGUACGAACUUGCUUUAUUUAUGGCAUUUUAUUUUGAUAAGAGGAAUUGACAAUUGGAGUUCACAGUUCUACAGAUGGUAAGAGUUGUUGCUUUUAUCUACUAUUGGUAAUUUUCCUUGGUUGCAAAUUAUCCACAAUUGUGGUAGAAUUGCCAACAUGCAUUUGGGGUAUUUAGAGCCCUCUUUCAAAAUGAUGACUGGUCAAGCAAUUGUGACACACUAAUGACUCUUGUUCACAACUUACAAUGCCUGCUACAGAUGCACAUUAGCAUAAAGAGUAUUAAGUCCUUAUUAUUGUCAACGAAGGUAGAAUAGUUUUGGUGAGCAAUACAGAUAGUGUAGUUAAUAUGUAUUAAAUAGCAUCUACAAUUUUGCAAGUCUUUCCGCAACAUGAAAUACUAGGAAAAUACACAGUAAUGUGAGACAUCGGAAUUUACGUUGAUUUACAGUUUUCAUAGUUUUAUCUAUAAUGAAAAUGGUCGCAAUAAAUCGGAAGUGCUACAAAGUGAAAUGUAUUCCCUAACAAGUUAGAAAUGGCAAGUUAAAGUAAUUUUUAUGGUUCUUUCAGAUUUAUUGAUAAUUCCAGUUAUUUUUUACUUGUUUUAAUAUUGAAAAACAAUGUAUUGCUUUUACAUUAUACUUAUAAUAUGUACUUAGCAUACAUGUUUCCCCUGUGUGACUGGUACGUUAGGAAUUGUUGAUUUUGUGUCUUGAUUUUUUCUUUCAUUUUUUAAUAGCAAGAAAAGGGGUUGGGGUAAUGGUGUCAGUAUAUUGAUAAGCACAUUUAAUACUUUUUGCCUCAUAUUUUAAAAACUCAUAAUAAUCAGUGGGUUGGCUCUUGUACAGUGGUCGAAAGCUGUAUUUUAAAGAAGUAUAGAAUAUGAAAAAAAAUAUGUAUAUAUAGUUUUGUUGGGGCUUGCAUGUGUGAUUUAAAUACUUAGUUGUGAAUUAAUACAGGUUUUUUGCUAGGAAAACUUUAAGUUUGUAUUCAAAAUUGUAUCUCUAUACACCGGCUACAUUUAUAUCUAUAGGCAUAGUGUACCGUAUUGUUUCUAGACUUAAACAAUUUUCCCUUUAUUAAGAAAAAUGCAUUUAUGUAUAUUCAUAUUUUGGAAAUCAAAUUGUGUUUUAGAGAAGUGUUUUUUGAAUCUAUCUUGUUUUCAGUAUACAAUAAAGUUUUUGUUAACAUA